GGAAUCACUUUAAAAAAAGUUGAGCAAACAACAAAAUGAUGCACGAGGAAAAAUUAUAGAUUAAGGGACUAUUUGUAAAACAAACCGCAAUUAAGGGACUACUUUUAUGUGGAUAAAAGAGAAGAUUAAGGGGUUAUUUUUUUUUAUCAUUUUUCACCUCCUUUACCCCUCUAACUUUUCGUAAUUCUCACUUCUCCCCCAACCUUCCUCCUUGCUGUUUUACCUUGAGUGCCACUCUCUCCAUUUCAGUGAGCACAGAUCCACCUUGCUCUCAUUUCUUUCAUUUGAGAUCACACACACACACACACCCUUUUUAACGCUACAAUUACACACAUAUGGUCCUAAGAUUUUCUUGAGAGCAAUAAAAAUGGAUUCACAACCUUCCCGUUCUUCGGGAAGGUUCGAAACUAAUACUCCAUCCUUAACCAAAUCAAUUUCCGAUGCAAAUACACAUAACCAAAGCUUAGCUUCAAUUCUCAACAACCCACAUGCCGGUAAAUCAGACAGUUUUUGGUGGUGGUCCACGUCAUCAUCAUCUAUACCCACACCCGAUUUCGCCCCGCUAUCAACUCAACCCAAACCCGGAUCCGAAACCCGAAUCCCCGAUUUUAAACCCUACAUCUCUUCCAUAUCCGACCCGUAUACCCGUUUCCAGGACAUUCAACAACACACGAAAUUGGAAUCCCUCGACGAUCAAAAUGCCCUUGUUGCUUGCUUAAAGGAAGUACCUUCGUUGUAUUUUAAAGAGGAUUUUGAGUUGGAAGACGGUGCUACUUUUAAAGCUGCGUGCCCAUUUAGGUCCAAUGUGGAGAAUUUGGCUACUCAAGAGAAGUUAUCGCAGUAUUUAGAUGUUGUGGAAUUGCAUUUGGUUAAGGAGAUAUCGUUGCGAUCGAAUUCGUUUUUCGAGGCACAAGGGGAGUUAGUUGAUUUAAAUGAGAAGAUUGUUCAAGGGUGUGAUAGAAUAAGGGAAUUGAAAGAGAGUAUAAAGUUAUUGGAUGAUAAUUUGGUAGGGUCUGCUAGAAAGGUACAUGAGUUGAAUGUUAAGAGGAGUGAAUUGAUUGGUCAUCAGGAUAAGUUGAAGCUUAUACUAUAUGUUAAUCAAGCUCUAUCAACUCUCAAGUUGCUUGUUGCAUCUGCAGAUUGUGCCGGAGCUCUAGAUGUUAUAGAUGAUAUACAACAUUUAUUGGAUGGAGAUGAGUUAGCUGGUCUACAUUGUUUUCGUCAUGUUCGUGACCAGUUAGCCGCUUCAACUGAUUCCAUUAACAGCAUUCUUUCAGCAGAAUUUAUGCGUAUAUCUAUACACGAAACUGGCGAUGUGGAUGCUUCAAUUACAUCAAAAUUUAAAGUGCGGGAGAUGAUUUCUAUGAAUGGAGAAGGCCAUGAAGUUAAAUUGGAUGAAGAAGAAACCUCUAAUUUGCGAGACCGACUGCUUCCUUUUGUUAUUGGGUUACUUAGAACCGCAAAGCUCCCUGCUGUGUUGAGAUUAUAUCGUGACACUCUUACGGCUGAUAUGAAAACGGCCAUUAAGAUGGCAGUUGAAGAACUGCUACGGGUUCUUGGUGCCCAACCUAUGGAUUCAGAUUUUGUUGCAGGAGAACGAGCAGUUGAGGCUGAUGGUGGAAGCUCAUCCCUUGCCAGUAGAUUGAGAAGCCUGUCGCCUGAAUGUUUUGUUCAUCUUUUGAAGGCUGUUUUCCUGGUAGUGCAGGCACACUUAGCACAGGCAUCCGAAGUUAAAAGAGCCAUUGAGUGGAUUUUGUGCCAUCUUGAUGGCCAUUAUGCUGCUGACUCAGUUGCUGCUGCAAUUGCACUUGGAGCAGCAGCUUCAGAAACAGCUCAUGAAACCAAUGGUCAGGUAAAUUCGUUGCUGCAACUUUCUGUGCAGAGGAAGGGAAAUGAUGGUACAAUGACGUCGACUUUAUCACGAAAUUUCAGAGCUGAUGUAUUGAGAGAGAACGCAGAAGCCGUUUUUGCAGCUUGUGAUGCUGCUCAUGGCAGAUGGGCAAAGAUCCUUGGAGUGCGUUCCCCUAUCCACCCUAGAUUGAGGUUGCAGGAGUUUCUAAAUAUAUAUAACAUCACUCAAGAAUUUAUAACCACCACUGAAAAGAUUGGUGGAAGAUUGGGUUAUAGUAUUCGGGGAACACUGCAAUCACAGGCCAAGGCCUUUAUUGAUUUCCAACACGAAUCCAGGAUGGCAAAGAUGAGGGCCAUUCUUGACCAGGAAAAUUGGGCUGAGAUUGAUGUCCCUGAUGAGUUUCAGACAAUUGUCACAUCACUGUUCUCUUCAGAAUCUGAGACCUGUGAACUUGCUGAUGAGGUUUCAGCUGAUAUUGCACCAAGCAGCCCCAAGAUGGCCCUGAGCAGUGAUGGCUCCGCUAAGACGGAAGCUAGACUUCAAAAGAUAUCACAAAAUGCAGAGCACACUGAUUCUGCUCCACUACUUUCAGAUAGCACAACACAGAGCAAAGAAACUAACUCAAGAGAGCGUGGAAGAUCUUCUCCUAAACUGCUUUUCUUCAGAGGCGUUGGUUAUCACAUGGUGAACUGCGGCUUGAUAUUGGUAAAGAUGUUGUCAGAAUGUAUUGAGAUGAACAAUAGUUUGCCGGGCCUAUCUUCAGAAGUUGUUCACCGUGUUGUCGAAAUCCUGAAGUUGUUCAAUACGAGGACUUGUCAGCUUGUCCUUGGUGCUGGAGCAAUGCAGGUGUCAGGUUUGAAGUCUAUUACUUCUAAACACUUGGCCUUGGCAAGUCAAGUCAUCAGUUUCACAUACACCAUAAUUCCCGAAAUCAAGAGGACUCUGUUCCUGAAAGUGCCUGAGACACGUAAGGGGAUGCUGAUUCUGGAGGUUGAUCGUGUAGCACAGGACUAUAAGAUGCACCGAGAUGAAAUACACUCAAAGCUGGUGCAGAUAAUGAGGGAAAGGUUGCUUGUCCACCUCCGUGGGUUGCCACAGAUUGUUGAGAGUUGGAAUAGGCCGGAAGAUACAGACACACAGCCAAGUCAAUUUGCUCGUUCUAUCACUAAGGAAGUUGGCCUUCUUCAACGUGUCUUAUGUCGAACCCUGCAUGAGUUAGAUGUUCAAGCUAUUUUCAGGCAAGUGGUUACUUUCUUCCAUUCUCAAAUUUCAGAAGCUUUUUCGCACUUGGAUAUUAGCAGUCCACAAGCUAAAAAAAGAAUGUAUCGCGAUGUUCAGCAUAUUCUUGGAUGUAUCAGAUCAUUGCCUUCAGAUAGCAAAUCUAAUCCUCCUAAUUGGGGGCAACUUGAUGAGUUUGUGGCAAAAAAAAUUGGUGAGGAAGUUAGUCAAUAGCCUUGUAAAGUAGCCCGUACUUCAGAAAGAUCAAAUAUGAGGCAAUCUGACAGUGCGUGAAGACUAUGCAUCAACAUUGUAUAAUUGACUUGCGAUGCACAGUCUUCUUACGGGAUGUUGGCGUUAUUUCCACAGUUGGUAUAAAGUUUUGACAGGAGGGGUUGAUAACAACAAUUUGUAAUUGCCAUACACAAUUUGUGAUCAGUCAGAUGCUUGAAUUCCAUUAUGAUUGUAUUCUUUAGCCCUUGGAAAUAGAAUUCUUUUCCUUCUUUUUAUGUUUUUUGAGGAAAAAGGCACAUUGUCAUUUGCCAAAAGGGUAAAAUAAUUUUGCGUGGUAGAGACCAAUGGUAGUGUAUAUUGUAUAUACUAAUUGUAUGUGCCAAGAGCUAUUUUUUUAAUUCCAGCACACUUUGCUCUCCUGUAUCAAUAUCAAAAGAUCUUAAAAGACCGUUUUUGUUCU